AUGGCCUCACUCAGCUUCGCGGCCAUCCCGCACCCAUAUCUCGUGCUCCCUCUUCUUAUUGUCUUUCUCAGUUUCACAGCCUACGUCAAGCUCUUCUCACGGCCGGCGCUGCACCCCAAAGCACCGCCGCUGACUCAUGGGGUCUACCCGGUCUUCGGAGCCGUCAAGUUCUUCACGCGACGGUGGGAAUUCUUCCGCGAUGCAGCGCGCACCUCCCCGACCGGCAACUUUAGCUUCUUCGUCGGCCGCAAGCCGGUGGUCGGCCUGACGUCGGAGGCCUCGCGGCAGGUCUUUUUCGACAACCGCCACUUUGGCUUCGCGGAGGGCUAUGGCGGCCUCGCCGAGGGGUUCUCGGUGCUGUUUGGCCCCUCCGCGGGCGCCAGGAAAGCGGCCAAGAAGCUCGAGCAGGAGCUGGCGGCGGCCGGCGGGGACGAGAAGGCGCGGCAGGAGGCCCAGGAGAAGAUGGACUUUUCCAAGUUCUUCAACAGCCGCAUGGUGCGCGUCCUGAGGACGGACGCUAUGCAGCGGAACCUGCCCAAGCUCAUCGGCGAUGUGCGGGCGCGGUUGAAGGACCUGGCGGUUGCCAUCCCCAACCAGGGCUUCAAAGACGAGGCGGUGGUGGAUCCGUUUGACAACAUCUUCAAGAUUGCGUUCCAGCUUACCAUCCGGUCCGUCGGGUGCGGAGACAUUGCUGAUGAUCUGGAGCUGAUGGGGAAGAUGAUGCACUGGUAUCAUUUGGUGGAUAGUCUGACGUCGCCGACGGCGGUGAUGUAUCCGUGGAUCCCGACAUGGGGCAUGUUUAAGAGGACCGUUGCUGGUAUGCGGCUCUUCGAAAUCGUGAAGAAGAUCGGCGAUGAGAGGUUGCGGACUGGUAAGCGAGGCGCGGAUGCGAUGCAGAUUAUGAUGGACCAGGGUGAUGACAUGGGAAACAUUGUUGGCUUUGUCGUCUCCGGACUUUUGGCUGGUACCAUAAACUCAGGCGUGAACGCCUCUUGGAUUCUUGUGUUCCUCUCUCUGCACCCGGAAUGGAUGACCAAGGUUCGGUCUGAGGUCCAAGAGGCCAUCCGAACGAGUGCCACUACCACAGACCCCAACGCCACUAUGGUCGAGAAGCUGGCGUCGGUGCCGCUUGAGGCCUGGGAGUCCGACUUCCCGACCAUCGAGGUGUGUCUGAGAGAAUGCAUUCGGCUUACGGCAACUGGGGCCACCUUCCGUCGCAACAUCAGCGGCCACGAUAUCCAAGUCGGUGACGAAGUUGUUCCCAAAGAUGCUUAUGUAGCUUAUCCCUUCAACGACACUCAUCAAGACCCCAAUAUCUACCCCAACCCUACCAAAUGGGAUCCUGGUCGUUACUCUGAGGACAGAGCCGAGGACAAGAAGAAGCAAUACGCGUACCUUGGCUGGGGAGUUGGGCGACACCCAUGCUUGGGUAUGCGCUUUGCCAAGCUCGAGCAGUAUCUCAUCGUUGCCUUCUUUACCACCGUGUUCGACUACAUAGCGUGUGACGCCAAUGGCAACCCAAUCACCACUCCGACUCCAAUCGACCUGAACGCCUUCUCAGCUCGCCGGCCCGAACCCCGUGUGUACCUCAAGUACAAACUCAAAGAGGCAAUCUGA